UCUCUCUCUAUUUCUCUCUUACAAUAUUAAGACCUUGUACCUGUAAAAACAUAUCAGGUUUGAAUUGUUGCAGGCUGUAUUUACAAUAGACAUCAAUAUUUCACCUGUCUCUAUUUUGUUUUAAACCCCACCUUUUCCACCAGGUACUUAUAUUCUCACAAGCAAAACAUAUUCAUAUUGAUCACCUCCCAUGGAGCCUCCUUCUAGAUCUUCAGGGCCAUCUCUCUCAGAAUCUUCCACCGUUAACUCGAUCUCGAAUGGCCUCGGCAAGCAACAAGAAGACAUCCACCAAGAGGAUGACAACUAUGAUCUUGUAUUGGAUCUGAGUCUUUCCGGCAAAGAAGACUCGAACACGGUUCAAGACGACUUGAAACAACAUGAACUCAAUCUCAUCGACUGUUUCAAGAUCGUCGAUCCGUGUGACGAUCGAGAUUCGCCGGAGACUCCGAAUCAACAAGGUGAUGAAACUGAUCAGCCUAGAGUGUUUUCAUGUAACUAUUGCCAAAGGAAGUUCUUUAGCUCACAGGCCUUGGGUGGGCACCAAAAUGCACAUAAACGAGAAAGGACACUAGCCAAACGAGGGCAGCAAAGGAUCGGUGCUGGUGCACCGGCCUCUUUCGCACCUUUCGGUCGGUAUUCCACCAUGGCUUCGCUUCCUUUGCAUGGCUCAUUCAAUAAGUCACUUGGGAUUCAACUCCACUCUAUGAUACACAAGCCAACUUUUCUACCAUCACCACAUGUUUUUGGGCACAAUGAAUGGUCUCGACGGCCGAUUCAUCAAACACCGGCGAUCGGCCAUCUUACGAUGGAGAAUUUUACUACUACCGGAUCAUCGGCAAGUAACGGUACGGCUUCUAGGUUUGAAAGUAGUGUUCGGAAGUUCGGUCCAUCGACCGAGGGGAUGAGUAGGUACUGGUGGGAUAGUAGUGGUGUUAACCCUUUCAACACUAAUCAAGAAGAGUUGAAACUCGACUUGUCUUUGAAGCUCUAA